GGUGCCUCCUGCUGGCCGAGUGAUGAACCGUCAGUCUUUUGGUCGACAUGGCGCCAGAUCCACACUACACUGCUUACAUUUAGCUAAUACUAGGACGAUUAUACUUUCCUUUUGACAUCUUGCAAUCGAACGAAAUACUGCCUUUUGUUUUGAACGCGCACCUAAGGAAAUCCACGUCAAGCUGAACAUGCCUCGCAGGCGUCAGAGACAUAUGGCAGGGAGUGGUUCCGAUGCAACUGAAGAUUCGGACUCCUCUGCUGAAAGAGAGCAAACCAACAGUUCAGAAAGUGAUGGAAACAGGACCAAGAGACAGCGUCUCACCAGAGCCUCCACUCGCCUGAGCCAGAGUUCUCACGAUACGGCUGACUUGAAGCAGGCAGCAGACCAAGACGAAUCCCCACCACUUACCCCUACAGGAAAUGCGCCAUCAUCUGAAUCUGAGCUGGACAUCUCCAGCCCGAAUGCCUCGCAUGAUGAGAGCCAGGUCAAAGAUCAGGUCAAUAGAGACUCUGAUAAGGACCUCUCCCAUCGACCCAAACGUCGUCGGUGCCACGAGACGUACAACUUUAACAUGAAAUGCCCGACACCUGGUUGCAAUUCACUUGGUCAUCUCACGGGAAAACACGAACGCCACUUUGCUGUGUCAGGGUGCCCUCUGUAUCACAAUCUUUCUGCAGAUGAAUGCAAGGUAAAAGCUGUCAGCCGUGAGAAGCAAGACGAGGAAAUGAAGGGACAAGAGGAGAGCAAUUCUCGCCAUGCAACACGUCAUCAAACUCCUACGUCAAAGCAGAGCAGAUACAAAGAGCAAGUAGCUGAAAUGAGAAAGGGGAGAAACUCAGGCUUGCAGAAGGAGCAGAAAGAAAAACACAUGGAACAUCGACAAACACAUGGCAACACCAGGGAGCCUCUGCUGGAGAACAUCACUAGUGAUUAUGACUUGGAGCUUUUCAGGAAAGCUCAGGCCCGUGCCUCUGAAGACCUGGAGAAGCUUCGCAUUCAGGGUCAGAUCACCGAAGGCAGCAACAUGAUUAAAACCAUCUUGUUUGGCCGCUACGAGCUGGACACUUGGUAUCACUCGCCCUAUCCCGAGGAGUACGCUCGCUUAGGUCGCCUUUACGUGUGUGAAUUCUGCCUAAAGUAUAUGAAAAGCCAGACCAUCCUUAGGCGACACAUGGCAAAAUGUGUGUGGAAACAUCCUCCAGGUGACGAAGUGUAUAGAAAAGGUUCUAUAUCUGUUUUUGAAGUUGACGGCAAGAAAAAUAAGAUCUACUGCCAGAAUUUGUGUUUACUUGCCAAACUCUUCCUUGACCACAAAACACUCUAUUACGACGUGGAGCCUUUUCUCUUUUAUGUCAUGACUGAGGCCGACAACACAGGCUGCCAUUUAGUGGGAUACUUUUCCAAGGAGAAGAAUUCAUUCCUCAACUACAAUGUUUCCUGCAUUCUGACCAUGCCUCAAUACAUGAGACAGGGUUUUGGCAAGAUGCUUAUUGACUUCAGCUACUUGCUGUCUAAAGUGGAGGAGAAGGUAGGUUCGCCAGAGAGGCCUUUGUCGGACCUCGGCCUUAUCAGCUACCGCAGCUACUGGAAGGAAGUGUUACUCCGAUACAUGCACAACUUCCAGGGAAAGGAGAUCUCUAUCAAAGAAUGCAACAGCUCUGGUUCAAAACGAGGUGCGCUUUGAACUUCCUCGCCGGCCUCAUCAGGAGCUUUUAUACCUCUGUCCACACCCCUUUCUGCAAGAUCCCGCCCACUAGACAAGAUCACGCAUCCAAACAUCAUGUUUUGAUCAGCGCGCAGGUGCUUUGAGAAACAUGAAAAACUAAUGGAUUUAAGCCCGAAAGGCAAUUACCGCCAGAUGGACUAUCAUGCGCAAGCAAUGUUGGACAAUUUAAUGUGGGGUGGUGAAUCAAAAGAAAUCAGAGGGUCACUACAGUAUUUGCAUAUGAAAUACUUCAGUCACAAAGAGUUCCAAUGAUUAGAGAACACUUGAUUUCCAUGUGACGUAGUUGAGAACGUCAUUUUAGAAUUUGUCUUUGCUAUGUGCGGUAGCAGUGGCGUCCUCAGAGGGAAGAAAAGCGCACCUUUUGCAGAGUAUGUAACUGCCUGCCCGGUUGCCUCGUUAGAACAAUGUGAAUUAAAAAAAACAUUGCAGAUGUAUUUGGCAAUUACAUAUUUAUUUACAUCUUUAAAUAUAUAGCAAGUUGGCAACCUAUUCCAACCUAGCAAGGAUUAACAAAACACUUUAUUUUCUUUAGGGGUGCACGAUUUCCAUUUUUUGAAACCGAUACUGAUAUAGAUAACUUCCUGCUCCUUAAGGCAGAUAGCGAUACGAUAAUCGAUAAUAUAUACUGUAUAUAAUUUUUCAAUGUACUAGUAUAUUCGCCUGAGUUUUUGAACACCUGUAGGUCAGAAAAUACUAGAGGUGGAUUCAGCAUAGAUUUUCCUUUGACCUAACCGGAAUUUUCAUGAUGACAUGAACAUUAUCAUAAUGAACAAAACAAAGACAAGAACAGUUUUGACGUCAAAUAAAGUGCCCAUAUUAAUUUUUUUCAAAUAAAUUUAAGUCAAUCACAAUCAAUUAGUCAAUAUCAUUGACGAUGUGUUCCCCUGAACGAUAAGCACAGAACUAAAACAUAAACCCAACAGGCCUCUCAAUAACUUGUUAACAUAACACUGUAAAAUGCAAACAUUUGCUAAUUGCUAUAGUAAGGUUCAUCACUCAGAGAUGGAAAAAUAAGGCCUCUAGAACAGUAAUAAAACUUUGCAUACUUGCAAAACAGAAGUGGAAACAAACGCACACAUCCCAAUCCACUUACACUGUGCCAAAAUUGAUAUUAAUAGGCGCGAUAAUAUAUAAUGUUAUUGGAUUUAUUGGGAUGACGUCAUAAUUCCUAUUAUCGGACCGAUAGUUAUCGUGCACCUCUAAUUUUCUUAUUCUUUCCUUUCGAGGCAUGAUUGCUGCUGCAAGUAGUGUUAAAAAAACACGCAUGCUUGGUGACAUUACAACAGGCAGGUUCUCUGCAAGUUUGAACAAGCCAAAUUUAAGAAUUUUAAAGACUUUUUUUUAAAGACUUAUUUCACAUCGAUACUGGCAAAAAGUACAGAAGACUUGAAAGAAAAUGACCACGCAGCACAGGUAGUUGCAUUUUGUAGUGAUAUCAUAACUGCCUUGGAAAUCAAAAUAUUUAAAAGCGAGACUGAAGUUUAUGCAAGUUCUAAAUAAAAGUUAUGUCAAUAGAUUUUUAAGACCUUUCAAAAUCAUAUUCAAGACCUUUUGUGAGAUUUUAUGAGAAUUUUAGACAUUUUAAAGCCCUAAACACACAGGCACUAUACAGCUAAUUUUAUGUUUGGCAUUUAGCAAAUAGAUGAUGCCUAUAGCCUGCUUUAUAUCGGCUUUAUUGUCAUAACUAUGUAUCCUUGUGCCCAUACUUAAACGAGGGAGCCUACAGUUUUCUUUGAGCUUAUUUGCUUUCUUCUACACGAACUUAGCUUCACUUCCUCCGGGUGAGUUUCAAAUAUUUAAAUUUUGAGUGCGUUUAUUGUUUCUUAGUAGUUUUUUUAAGCAACAUUUUCCCAAAGUGGCAGUACUAGUACUAAAAAUACAAACACAUUACUAAAUAUUGAGCAACACACAUAGUUGAGGAACUGAUGUUUAGAGGGGCACACACAUACACAUUAUGUGUUACCUCUGCAUAGGGGCUGCAGGUGGGGUCGAGGAGAUCGCGUGGAUGGAAGCUAUUGUACUUUGCAGCAUCUGCUAAAAGUAAUUUGCCGUGUUCGCGCUGUGCAUUCACGUUUUAAAUGAUGGGCAUUUGGGCACAUUGGAGGGCGUGUGUUUCCGCGUUUGGAGGACAGAGGGCGCUCUAACAGUGAUUAUGGCUGCAGCGCUUGGAGGGCACACGCGUUAUUAACAUAAUAAUGAUCAUGACUUAAUAACCUUGAUGAGGGCACUUGCUCGGAUAAGAGGGCAAGGGCCAAUACCUAAGAACCACCUGGCGUCUAUGUGUACAUGCCAGCGUACGGUAGGUUCGGUACUUAUACUCAAGCUUACAGCUUCUCAACUGAAAAUAUCACAUUUCUGUAUUCCCGCAUGGAAGCAUAUUGAUAUUUGUAUGGAAUUAAAGUAAAACAUUUGUCAUGAUCUGCAUUUACCUUAGACAACAAAAAAGUCCAUUUACUCAAUCAUAAUUUAUGUUUGUGCAGUUUCUGCACUGUCAGUUUGUUUUUGAUUUUGAGCAAAGGGUUGGUAAUUUAAAAAUUCAAUUUAUCUUAUUAUCAAAGAAUGAGUUGACAAAUCGUUCGGGUCUUAAAAUAGUUUGUUACAGCCCAAGCACUUUCUCCUUAUAGCCUAUCAAAGAAAUGUAUAACUAUAGACCAUACAUUUUUGAAGCAGCCUUAGUGAGUAAUCGUAGGCGCUGCAAAAUCUAAUUAUGCAAUUCAUAUUUAAUUGACUGGUUUUAUUUUGCAACAUUGUAUGAAAAACAUGUAUGUGUUUCAAGAUCUUGAACAGAACAUAAACACAAUAGUCCUGGGUUUUUGAUACAGACAAAUGGCUUUAAUUGGAUUUUUUUUUUUUUAAUGAAAAUCUGCUUCAUCUGUGAUUUAUUACUUGUGGUCAAUGUCUCCUGUGGAGUCUUUAUAAUAUAAUCUAGUUUAUGACUUUAUGCACUGAAAUAAUGUUGGAUAUUGUUCCAAAUGCUUCCUACUGCACAACUGAUUGUCAUCCCUGAGGCAAGGGAAAUUGUCAGCGUAUCAACUCUUUAAUUUGUCUGUGGUUUGAAGUAAUAUAAAACAAACUUUAUCUGUCAGUGCUAUGACUAAGUGCUUUCCCAUUCCGUUUCCUCUGCGCCACACUAUUGGGAGUAUAGCCGUCUUUUCCUACUAAUAAAAGAAUUUGGGUAGUCGUAAGUCUUGGAAGUUGGAAAGUUCCGCUUAGAGGAUGUACAGGCAAAUGCCAGCAGGAGGUGAUGUUUGGUAGUAGCUACCACUGAGAAUGUAAUUUUACUAGUAGGCUACUGUAAUAAAUAUGAAAUGCUGUUAUUAUCGUGCUAUACAUUAAUGUGGCCAAAGGAAUACCCCUUUGGUGAUAUAUUUGAUUAAAACUUGAUUAAAACAAAGUAUUCUUCCAGCAUGCAUGAGUAUGGCAAAACAAACGAGCUCAAGAAGGUCGAUGAAAGAGUGGCUCAUCUUCAGACCUCAACUCAAUAUAAAACCUGUGAAGGAAACUGAAGCUUUCAUUUCCAAGCGACAAACUACAAAUUGUAGUGAUUACGACAAUUUGGUAAAUAUUGAGCAUUUUAACAAGUACAAUAGAUACGGUAUUUGAUUUGAUCCCCAAGCAAAACACAAAUAAUACUUAGUGGACCA